AUGUUCCUCAAAGACCACAACGAGCUCGAGGCCGAAGUCGCCCAGCUCGAAUCGCGCCUCGCAGAUGCCCGCGCGCAACUUGCAGCCUCCGAAUAUCCAAGCCCACCAUCCUCACACCCCAACAGCUGGGUACUGAAAGAACCAACCACAUAUAAGACACAACAGAAUAAGAAAUUCACAUCCGCCACAAUCCCCUCCUCUCUCCACGCCCUCCUCCUCCUCUCCGAUUCGGCCCUCCCACUAGGGUCAUUUGCAUACUCCAGCGGGCUGGAGUCCUACCUCGCCCACAACAAACCGCGCCGGUCGCAAUCACCCGUAACAUCCUUCCACCGCUUCCUCAAACUAUCCAUCGCCUCAAUCGCCAGCACAUCCCUACCCUACGUGCUAGCAGGUUAUCGCAACCCAGAAACCCUCGAAACUCUAGAUAACGACCUCGACGCCUCUACGCCAUGCAUAGUCGGACAGCGCGCAAGCAUCGCCCAAGGCCGAGCCCUAAUCGGCGUCUGGGAGCGCGCGUUCCGGGUUUCGUUUGCUGGGCCUGAGAAUCCUGCUGGACGGGAUGCCCAGGCAGCCGUGACGGCCAUUGAUGAUUUAAGUGACGCUCUCAAGGCGUCGAUGGAUGAAGACGAUUUAGGACCCAAGGGUCACUUCGCUCCGCUUUGGGGUGUUGUUUGUCGGGCUAUGGGGCUUGAUUUGCAGGAGACGGCGUAUGUCUUUGUGGUGAAUCAUGCCAAGGCGGUUUUGAGUGCUGCUGUGCGGGCUUCGGUUAUGGGGCCGUAUCAGGCGCAGAAUGUGCUUGCUAGUCAGAGUCUGCAGGAUACUAUUGUGAAGAGGAUUGGGCGGGAGUGGAAUACGCCUGUUGAGGAGGCUGGGCAGGUUGUUCCUGCGCUGGAUUUGUGGAUUGGGAGGCAUGAGUUGUUGUAUAGUAGAAUUUUUAACUCAUAA